AUGUCCAAGGUUUUACAAAUAUGCACACACUCGGGGUCUUUCCAUGCCGACGAGGCGUUAGCCGUUUAUAUGUUGCGUCUUCUUCCAAGGUUCCGGUAUGCAAAACUAGUCAGAUCGAGAAACCAGUUGGAUUGGGAGGCGUCAGAUGUAGUUGUCGAUGUCUCUGGUAAGUAUGAUGCAGUCAAGUACUUUGAUCACCAUCAAAGAGAGUUUUCCACCACUUUCAAUGAGAAAUACAAGACAAAGUUAUCAUCUGCCGGUUUAGUCUACAAACACUUUGGACGUGAAAUCAUAUCCACUGUGAUUGCUCUUGAUGAAACCAAUGCUGAAGAUAAGGUCAAAUUGGACUAUCUCUAUGACAAGAUCUAUUCCGACUUCAUUGAGGCUGUGGAUGCAAAUGACAAUGGUAUUGAUAUGUACGAGAAUAAAGAUUCACUCACCCCCAGAUUCAAAGACAAAAAUUUUACCAUUGCAGGUAUGAUCUCCAAUCUAAAUCCUAGCUGGGAAUCGGAUGCUACAGAUCAUGAUUUUGACAGGCAAUUCGAAAUUGCGUCCAACCUCAUUGGGGAUGCCUUCUUCAAAUAUUUGACUUAUAUGGGGAAUUCCUUCCUUAAGGCCAAGCAGUAUGUCAUUGAUGCGUUCAAGACAAGAUAUGAAGUAGACUCCAGUGGGAAAAUACUACUUCUGCCAAGAUUCAUUCCUUGGAAGGAACAUUUGUUCAACGUGGAGGAGGAAAAUAACGCCAAUGGUGAAAUUCUCUAUGUUUUAUUCCCAGAUUCAAAUAGUAACUGGAGAAUUGCAGCUGUUCCAUUGAGCUCUACAUCCUUCGAUUCUCGUAAGAAACUCCCAGAACCUUGGAGAGGGUUGAGAGAUGAGGAGCUCUCUAAGGCUACCGGUAUUGAUGGAUGUGUAUUCAUCCAUGCUGCAGGAUUUAUUGGAGGUACAUCUUCUAAAGAUGGUGCUCUUCAAUUAGCUAAAAUGGCUCUUAAUUAA